UUAAAACUCAUUAAUUUAUAAAUAUACAUUCAGCAAAAACAAAAAAAUGACUGAACAACUUAAUAAUCAAACCUAAAUCACAUUGAUGACUGAAAGAUAUAAUGAAUAAUAUGAGAUUAAUAAAGAAACAGAAAUAAAAAUGUAGAAAGGAUUAAAAAAAGAUUUAACAGAUUGUGUUACAAAAGUGGUUGGAGAAGUGGCAAUGAAAGUUUGCUUUGCAUUAACUGUUGCCUUCUGUAUUGGAUGUUGAAAAUUCAUCCAUUAAAAACUAUCUUCUCUUGACUUUUAUUUUUAUGUUUAUAGCAUUUUAAACCAUAACAAA